UCACUUCAGUCAAAUAUCUAAAUAAGGAGCUGAAAAGAAGAAAAGAUGUUAAAUUUACAAAACAAACGUGUUGUGAGUUUAGUGCGCCAGGCACGGCAGUUCACAGUUUAUGCACCACUACAGGAAUACAAAAGGUGGUACCCUGAUGAGACAUUUAUUAAACAAUUUUCCGGAUCGGUCAUGUACCCCACACCAGAAACAAACAAGUACUACAGAAUUAUUAGCCACGGCAAACUCUGGCCAGUUGAACGCAAACUUCAGAACAUGAUUAUCAACUUUGGUCCUCAGCAUCCAGCUGCUCACGGCGUUCUGCGUUUAAUAUUGGAACUGGAUGGCGAAACUGUAGUAAGAGCUGACCCUCACAUAGGUUUCCUGCACAGAGCUACUGAGAAACUAAUGGAACAUAAGCAUUAUAACCAAAAUUUACCCUUCAUGGACCGUCUAGAUUACGUGUCCACAUUGGCGAACGAGCAAUGUUUCUGUAUCGCUGUUGAAAAACUUCUCAAUAUUGAAGUACCUCCGAGAGGUAAAGCAAUUAGAGUUUUAUGUGCAGAAUUGAGCCGUAUAGCCAACCAUUUGUUGAAUGUAUCGGGCACUGUACUAGAUGCAGGGGGUAUCACACCUUUUUUCUGGAUGUGCGAGGAACGAGAGAAACUAUACGAAAUGUUUGAAAGACUAUGUGGUGCUAGAAUACACUGCUGCUAUCUUCGUCCAGGCGGCGUGUCCCAAGAUAUUCCUAUUGGUUAUCUGGAUGACGUUUAUGAAUUAUGUAGUAAAUUAGGAAAUCGGUUAGACGAAACUGAUGACCUUGCAACUACGAACCGAUUGUUCUAUGCUAGGUGUGCCGGCAUCGGUGAAGUAAAGGCACAUGAUGCUAUGUCUUUGGGAUUCACUGGAAGUAUGCUUCGCGCUUGUGGAGUUAAAUGGGAUCUUAGGAUAUGCAUGCCGUACGAUGGUUAUGAUUUGUAUGAUUUUGAUGGCGUUGUUGGAACAUUUGGUGAUACUUAUGACAGAUAUCUAUUACGUUUUGAAGAAAUGCGCCAGUCUUUGCGUAUUAUCAAUCAAGUAAUUGACACAAUGCCUGAAGGAGAAUUUAAAACAGAUGAUUCCAAAGUUUGCUUUCCUUCACGGAAAGAAAUGAAAACUUCAAUGGAGUCCUUAAUUCAUCAUUUUAAGUUGUGCAGUGAAGGGUAUCCAGUGCCACCUGGAUUUACUUACACCGCGACUGAAGCUCCAAAAGGCGAAUUGGGUAUAUACAUGGUGGCCGAUGGAACGUCGAUUCCGUAUCGUGUCCAUUUACGUCCAAGUUCCUUUACAUCAUUAAUGGGUAUGUCUGUAAUAGGCCCUCGCUUAAUGCUAGCCGAUAUAGGCGUGCUCCUUGCGUCAAUAGAUGUUGUGUUUGGAGAUAUUGAUCGUUAA